GAAACACUCAUCUUUGGCAAACUUUUUGUUUGCCAGUCGUCUGUUUGCUUGCUAGGCAUGGCGCUACUUGAACAUGAUAUGUCAGGCAACCUCGCAUUCCCUAGCCUCGCAGUGGCGAAGAUGAUGCGACGUUGGAACUAUCGAGAAGGCUCAGGUCUCGGUGCACAUGGGCAAGGGAUCAUCGUGCCUAUACAAUUCACCGUGCGGUCUCCAAAAGCUGGCAUCGGUCAUUGUGAGAAACCACAUGACAAUGGCCUAUACGUUCCGCCGUUGCCACAUGUGGAAGAGGAGUGGCAUACGUGGAAGGGUCUUUCACGAGCCCUGCGUCUUGAAGUAGAGUGCUACGAAAAGAUCCUCUCAUUGCUGCAUGACAUGGCUCUUCAAGGGGACGAUAGCGUGGAGACGGCGGACGCAUUGGCGGCGAUCGUCAAGUCCAAGAAGGUGAUCCAGGAGAACCGUGCGCUAGGGUUGUGGAAGGCCACACUGCCAUCCUCCACCUUGCGGUACAUCAUUGAGAAGGUGAUCAUGCCGAGGAUGGCCAUGGAUGCGCGAGAGUGGAUGCCAUCGUGGGAUCCGGACUGUCACCACUGGCUUCACCCAUUGAUUCCUCUCAUCGACCACUUACCGGAGAGUCUCUAUGACAUUGUCGAAAGCAAGAUAAGCAAUGGCGGCUACGACAUCGUCUCGCCAUGGAAGGGAUACCUUGACCCAACGCAAUGGGAUACCUUCAGCCGACGCCACAUCUUACCGAAGCUGGCACAAUUCACACGGAACCUGAGGAUCACACCGCCAAAGCAAAUCGACUCCUCGUUCUGCACGCUGAUGCUAUGGGCACCUCUCGUGCAUGUUGAAGACAUGGUAUUUAUCCUAGAAGCCGAGUUGUUUUUCGACAAAUGGAAAAGUGCGCUGCGACAUUGGUUGCACGCCACAAAGCCCUCGUUUGGGGAGGCCACCGCAUGGUGCACCGGCUGGAAAAAGCUCUUCACGCCAGAGCUACUCGCCGAUGAACGCGUGCUCGCACAUCUCGAAGUUGGUGUUGACAUUGUCAACAUACUUGUAAAUUAUACUUGGUAG